GGGCGGCCCCGCCCCGUCCCUCCUCAAUGCGCGUGCGCAAUGGGCACACAGAGCCGCCAUGCCGGAACCGCGCGGGUCGUCGCAGCUGCGGGUGAACACGGCGUUUGCUGCGCGGUACAACCGCUACCGGGAGCGCGAGGAACUGCAGCGGCUGAAGGAUCGCUACGGGGACCGGGACAGCGGCAGCGACUCCAGCUCCGAGUCGGACUCCAGCGACGAGCGCGUGGAAUUUGACCCCCAGCAGGAGCGAGACUUUUACAAAACGCUCUCCUUGUUGAAGAAGAAGGACCCCCGCAUUUAUCAGAAAGAUGCCACCUUCUAUAACAGAACAGCAUCGUCGUCGGACAGCGAGGAGGAGCCAGCAGCCUUGGAGAAGCAGAAGAAAGUGCGGCCCAUGUACCUGAAGGACUACGAGAGGAAGGUUAUCUUGGAGAAGGCAGGCAAAUAUGUCGACGAGGAGAACUCAGACGGGGAGACUUCCAAUCAUAGACUCCAGGAGACAUCGUCGCAAAGUUAUGUGGAGGAACAGAAACAGCUCAAGGAAAGCUUCCGGGCAUUUGUGGAGGACAGUGAAGACGAGGACGGCGCUGGGGAGGGCAGCUCCAGUUUGCUGCAGAAACGUGCCAAAACCAGGCAGGAGAAGGCCCAGGAGGAGGCCGACUACAUCGAGUGGCUGAAGGGACAGAAAGAGGUUCGGAACCCAGAGUCCCUGAAGGAACUGACCCAUCUCAAGGAAUACUGGAACAACCCUGAGUUGGAUGAAGGGGAGCGGUUUCUGCGGGAUUACAUCCUCAACAAAGGCUACGAGGAGGAGGAAGAGGAGGAAGAAGAGGAGGAGGAAGAGGAGGGGGUCCCCGGCCCCCCCGUCCAGCUGGCUGUGGACGACUCCUCAGACGAGGGGGAGCUGUUUCUGAGGAAACAGGAGGACUUCGAACAGAAGUACAAUUUCCGCUUCGAGGAGCCGGACUCGGCAUCGGUCAAGACCUACCCACGCAGCAUCGCGUCCUCCGUGCGCCGUAAGGAUGAGCGCAGGAAGGAGAAGAGGGAGGAGACUCGGGAGCGAAAGAAGAGGGUGAGUGUGGGGACGGCCAGCUGCGGAGGACCCCCCGCCCUGCAGGAAAGCCCAUGUCCUCCCUCCCUCUGCCUGGGCCUGCAGGAGAAAGCAAAGAAGCAGGAAGAGCUCAAGCAGCUGAAGAACCUGAAGAGGAAGGAGAUUCUGGCCAAGCUGGAGAAGCUGCGGAAAGUCACAGGCAAUGAGACGCUGGGCCUCGAGGAGGGGGACCUCGAAGACGACUUCGACCCUGCCCAGCACGACCAGCUCAUGCAGAAGUGCUUUGGGGACGAGUACUACGGGGCCGUGGAGGAGGAGAAGCCGCAAUUUGAGGAAGAGGAAGGGCUUGAAGAUGACUGGAACUGGGACAUGUGGGACGGGCCUGAGCAGGAGGGAGACUGGAGCCAGCAGGAGCUGCACUGUGAGGACCCCAACUUCAACAUGGAUGCUGACUACGACCCCAGCCAGCCGCGAAAAAAGCGUGAAGCCCCCUCGACGGGCAAGAAGAAGCGCAAGUCGCCCUUCGCCGCGGCCGUGGGGCAGCAGAAGCCUGCGUUCGAACCCGGGGACAAGACGUUCGAGGAGUACCUGGAUGAGUAUUACCGGCUGGACUACGAGGACAUCAUCGACGACCUGCCCUGUCGCUUCAAGUACCGCACUGUGGUGCCCUGCGACUUUGGCCUCAGCACUGAGGAGAUCCUUGCUGCUGACGAUAAGGAGCUGAACCGGUGGUGCUCCCUGAAGAAGACCUGCAUGUACAGGUCAGAGCAGGAGGAGCUGCGGGACAAGCGGGCAUACAGCCAGAAGGCCCAGAACUCACGGAAAAAGCAGCAGGUCUUCAAGUCACUCUGCCGAGAAGAGGCAGAGACGCCCGCGGAAGCCACACGGAGGCCACAGAGAGACGAAGCCAGCCCACAGAGGCAGCUGCCAGUGCUUGAUGGGGCUGGCGGGAAGCGGCCCCGGCCGGAGAGUCCCCCAGCACAGGAAGAGGAGGCCCCUGUAUCACUCCACAAGAAGCCAGCCCCCCAGAGGCAGAGGAGGGCCAAGAAGGCACGGCUGCUGGGCCCCACUGUGAUGCUUGGUGGACGCGAGUUCAGCCGCCAGAGACUGCAGGCCUUUGGCCUCAACCCCAAACGGCUGUACUUCCGCCAGCUGGGCCGGCAGCGGAGGAAACAGGGGCCCAAGAACAGCUCCUGAGCACUGGGAGCAGGCAGGGGCCUCAGGCUCCUCCCCUCAAAUCAAGCCCUGGACAGGUCUCGCACCCACAAGUACCAUCUGCUGCAAAGAACCUCUCAUCUGUGGCCAGGAACGCCUGUAAUCCCAGCACUUUGGGAGGCUGAGGUGAAAGGAUUGCUUGAGCCCAGGAACUGGAGACCAGCCUGCGCAACACAGUGAGACUCCAUCUCUACAAAAUGUGGUGGCACAUGCCUGUAGUCCCAGCUAUUCAGGAGGCUGGGGAAGGAGGAUCACUUAAGGCCAGGAAUUUGAGGCUGCAGUGAACUAUGAUUGCACCACUGCACUCCAGCCUGGGUGACAAAGCAAGACUCUGUCUCUUAAAAAAAAAAAAAAAUUAAACACGUAUAGCUGCGGGUAAGGAAGUCGUCCCAUUUUAUGGAUGUGGAAACUGAGGCUGACUUAAACUUCCCGUGACUUGGAACUCUCAUCUCAAGACACCUCCCAGACCUCACAUCCCCUUAGAACGCUGCGCCCAGCCACGGCCACAAUCAAGUCACACAACUUUAUUGGCCCCCAGCAGCCACAGUUCCCCCAAGGGGGCUUUGGGACAGGGAGGGCCCGGGCGUCCAGUGCAAACUACAGUACGUGAGUCAGGCCCUGAGGGGGGUGCCCGGGGUCCUCCCUCCCUACCCUGCCAGGAGGGCCCCGCUGGUGGGAGACAGGUGCAUGGCUCUGUCCCUGGCUGAAUGGCCCCAGACUGGUUGCAGCUGGGCUUGAGGGGCUGAGAACAGGAAGUUCUCACUGCCAGAGCUCAAGAUCCCACACUUGACAUGACAUAAAUAAAAAAAUAAAUAGUGUUGCAUCUUUUCCCUCA